UAGACAAUAGACAACCCAUUGCCAGCUCAGCUUCAUUACGUCAACAACAUCCUCUAGAAUAUUUACUAUUUGUAUUCGUAUAUCGUGUUAACAUUUAUUUAUCUCUUUGCAUCUACUUUUACUCUGUGCAACUAAAUACCCAUACACUUCCAUAGCUAGCAUCAUCGUAUCGACAAGAUGGCACCGCACGAAGGAUUAGUACAUAUGAAAGAGUACGAUUGGAGAGACAGUAAUGUCGAGAACAUCGGAACAGAGCUUGAUCACAAAGUCAAGUACAACUCAGCAGCCACCGAGCCGGCAUGGCAAGAAGUCGGAAAUGCCCCCGGCCUUUAUAUCUGGCGAAUUGAGGAUUUCGAGGUGGUCCCAUGGCCAAGGGAACAGUACGGGGACUUUCACGAGGGAGACAGCUACAUCGUUUUACACUCAUACAAGGUGGGAAGCAAGAAUGGUCAGGAAAAGCUAGCCCAUGAUGUCUUCUUCUGGCUCGGAAGUAAGACAACGCAAGAUGAGGCGGGCACCGCUGCCUACAAGACAGUCGAACUCGAUGAGUUUCUACACGGCGUGGCCAUACAGCAUCGUGAGCUCCAGAAAGAGCCUUCCGACGACUUCGUGGCCCUAUUCUCUCGCAUCCGAAUCCUAUCUGGCGGUGUUCGCUCUGGUUUCACGCACGUCGAGACCGAUGAGGAACCGAAGGAGACGCUCACGUUGCUCAGGAUCUUCAAGCACCCAACUGCCAAACGCGCUGACUCGAUCCUGAUCUACGAAGUUGAGCCUACCUGGCAGAGCCUUGACGAAAACGACGUCUUCGUGUUGGAGUGCAACGACAAAAUCUGGGUCUGGCAGGGUAAGAACUGUAGCCCAAUGGAGAAGGCUAAGGCCGCCCAAGUCGUUCACGAUAUGACUAUCGCGAAACACAUUGAUGUCGAAGUGAUAGCGCAAGCAGAGUCGAGAUCGCGAACUAUCGUUACCAUGCUAGGCGGAGAAGAUGUCGAAGGACCAUUUCAGGCACCGCGACCUAUUAUCUCGUCUAAGAGUCAAGAUGCUGCCAAUCACCGCCCUCGCAAGCUGUUCCGUCUGUCAGAUGCUUCCGGCCAGCUGAGAUUCGACAUAGUGAAAGAAGGUACUGCAAUAGACAGCUCUGAUCUAGAUAGCAAUGAUGUCUUCCUGUUGGAUACUGGAUCUACUAUUUGGGUCUGGCAGGGUUCGGGAGCAAGCAGGACAGAGAAGGCCAUGUGGAUCAAAAUAGCCGAAUUAUACAUUCGGCAACUUGGAGAGGAAUCUGGUAAUAGCCAAUCGUAUCUAACGCCGAUUUCCAAAGUAGUCGAAGGUAACGAGAGUCCGGCGUUUAUCAAGGCGCUCGAAGCGUAACAAAUGAAUUUAACGAAUUGCUGUUCUACGGAUGUCGCCUCAACAUUGAUGUGAUAAGACGCUGUUAACAGGAAGCUGUUGUAGGUAGCGAGAUUGAAGUCUACGUAAGAAGUGCUUAAAAGGUACAUGUACCCGUUAGUUACAUGCAUGCAACUAAAACAUGAAGG